AUGGCCACCAUGACCAUCACCUCGCCGUGGAUUGGCGAGGUGACCAUCACCUCGUCAUCCAUCGACGUCGGCUGCGAUCGAGGUGGUCGCGAAUCGGGCCACCCAAACUGGCACGCCCAGCGCCUCAUGGGCCGCGUGGGAGGUCAGGAGGUGCAGUCGACAUCGAAAUGCGUCCGCAUCGGCAUCGCCAUGGCGAAAGCGGCGGCGGCACCCACCGCAAGGGCGUCGUGCCUCGCCACCUUCAAGGGCGUCGUCGACUUCGUGCGGGCGGUGACCGCCCAGAUGGAGGAUGCGGAUCGGGCCCAGGUGAUCGAGCGCCAGGUCGCCCACGUGAAGAUGAUCGUCCGUCGUGGCGGUUGCGCCAGGGAUGACGCGACUCAGACCGUACACGCCAUCAACGCGACAGACAUCCUCGCGGCCGCCCAGAAGCGCGAGCUGAUAACUGCAGUAACGGAGUCGGUGACGAUGGACAUCGCCAUGACGGGCAAGCGUGACGGGCGCAACUUCAACGUGCAGUACCAGACGCACCAGUACCCAGAGCACUACCUGACGACGGAGAUGUGGGCGCUGCUACAGGACCCCCACCUGGGGGUCGAGGCGAAGCUCGAUAAGGUUGGCGAGUACUUCGUGCACACCCUCGGCCUGCACUACCCCGACCAGAAGACGGUGCCUCGCUUGGCCGCCCUCGUGGUCGCGAGCGAGAUCGCCGCGGGUCGGGAGCCUACGCCCGCGCAGGCGUUCGAGUACAAGAACCAGCUCAAGGACUCGACAUCGACAUCGCGCGCGCUCGACGUCGAACGCGCGACCCCCGCAUCGAGCGCCCAGGCUGGGCGCCCGAUGGGGGUCGCGCGCUGCCCAGAGGAGCAGAUCAAGAAGAAACGUGCAUCGAGGCGCUCGGCGCAAUCGUCUGUCUGCAACUACCCCCUCCUUGUGUCGCAACUCGUCGAGAUCGAGCCGCAGGUGCUCGGGGCUUCCGUGCUCCCCAAGCCUCAGUUUAGCGAGGCCCUGCUCCUGCAAGCAGGGCAGAUCACGAAAGCCCGCAAAACGAACGGAAUAUAUGAGCACCCCUCGGGGGGCAGCAGCAGCAUGGCCCCGUUCGAGCGCCCGAACCCGAACAGCAGGCACCAGGACGCAUUCAUGCAGCAGAUGAGCACGAUGGUUAACAUGUUCGGCCAGCUCAUGGGCACCGCAUCGGCAGGAGGGGGUCCGCGGCAGGGCGACAUCCCGCUGACCUUCUUGAAUGAGCCCCCAUCGGGCUUGCGGGGGACCUCAUCAGCAGGGUCCCUCGAGCCGCCGACGACGCCCGCUCCAAAGGGCGCCGUGCCGGAUCCUGGCUCGGGGACGCCGCCGCUCCAAGCUUCGAGGAAGCGCGCGCUCGCCGAAGUCGAUGACGACGAAGACGAUGAGGAGCAGCAUCCAGCUAUGAAGAAGCCCGCCGCUGCCAGCGGGGGGGCCGCGGUACGGCAGGAGGAGAUCGACGAGUACAUCAAGAAUAUGUUGGAGGAGACCGAGACGACGAGAGGCAAGGGCAAGGCCAAAGCUAAGGCCAAGGCCAAAGGCAAGGCCAAGGCCAAGGCCAAGGCCAAGGCCAAGGCCAAGGCCAAGGCCUGCCCAACAUCGACGUCGACCAAGGCGCCCCCGCUACCCGCGCUCAAGAAGCAGCCCCCCAUCUAUUACAAGGAUUAUGCCAUCUAUACGGACGAGAAGAACUCCAAGUGGCGGGUCAAGAAGGUGGGCGUUGUCUGGGACAAGAUGUUCAGUUGGGGGACCUGGGGCGCGUACGGCGGCAACGACAAGAAGGCGUGGAAGGCUGUGGUCGAGUGGAUCGACG